AUGAACACAUUGCGCCCUGUCUUCGAAGGACUGGCCGAGAUCCGGCUCUUCGGGUGUACUCUAGAUCAACAACUUUACAGCAUCCGAUGGGUCGCUGAACUUGUGGCAGCAGCCCGGAACCUCCAGACCUUCAAAUACAUUUGCGACACCUCUGUUGAGUUGAUAACCGGCUACGGAUGGCAUAAACGACCAUGGUAUAGCUUUCUCGGCAUGUUGAAGGCAGCAAGAGGGAGUUUGCGACAUCUUACAAUCGAUUUAGACGGGACACAAGUUCGAGCCACUUCACACACGAUGGUCAUUGAUCCCUGGGAGAUAGGCGAGAUUUUUCAGCUUGAAACCCUCGAAAUCGAUCAAUUCUGCUAUUGCAAGCAUCAGCUUGGACGAGAGAAUUUGGAAGAUAAAGAAUGGGACAGAAAGACAUAUCUGGCCGAUUUCCUUCCUACCACUAUUGAUGCUCCUAUUAUUCCUGAUAAGAUUUUCAGUGCUGAGGACGACGAGAAAGAGGAGAAUAACUGGAAUGGGAAGCUGGACACCAUACCGGCAGAGCUCGAGGGCCAGGCAUGUAGGUUUAAAGAAGCCUUUGAGGGCUCAGGUGUUGUGACAAGGUUCAGGAUUUGGAAGGCUGAUAGUAGUGUUUUUGACACAUGGGAUAAGCGGCCUGCACCGUAUCCAAUUAACCUUUAG